AUGGAGGAAUAUUCUGUCAGUGCAGAUCCGCAGUUGUCUAGGGACCACUUGAAUAGGAAACUCCCAAACGAAACACUGUACCGCCUCCAACAGUACGUUGUGCCGGAGUUGUCCCUCCAGGACUACAAAGGAUGCGGAGGAAAAAUAUGCGUUGUCGGUGGAAACGAAGUAUACAGCGGUGCCCCCUUCCUAUCAGCCAUGAGCGCCUUAAAACUUGGAGCUGAUUUAUCCUUCGUUAUAACAGCACAGGAAAAUGGGAUCCCCCUCAAGUGCUACAGUCCGGAAAUAAUUGUCUACCCAUACUUAUACAGCCAAAAAUCAAAAAUAAACAAAAUCCCAGGGGAAGAAUUAAAAAAAUGCACACAUUAUUUGGCCAAUCGAAUUGAUUGUUGUGUUUUGGGGCCAGGUCUUGGGUCCAUCGAUGAGGUGACCAACGACUGCCUCAGCUAUAUAAUAAAAAAAAUGAUAAAAAAAAACAUCUUCCUAAUUCUCGACGCAGAUAUUAUUGAAUUUGUUUUAACCACUAAGGAUAUUUUUUCUUUAAUACAAAAUUAUCCGCAUUGUUUAUUUACCCCAAAUAAAAAUGAAUUCAAGAAAAUUAUUUCUCUUCUGACGGAGGAUGGUCAGAGUUUGAAGUUUGAAGACUUAACCACGGAUCAAAUUGUUCAUCAGGGUCAUACCUUGAUGCAAAUGUUUCAUGGUCCCAAAAUAAUGAUAAAGGGUUUUUACGAUGUGUUUAUUUCUAGGAAUUUUUUUUUCGUUUCUUCCGUUCAGGACCCGUGUUUGAAGAGGUUGGCUGGGCUGGGCGACGUUCUGACCGGACUGAUAGCCGUUUUCCUCUCCUGGGCAAGGAAGAAGAAGGAUAAGUUUUCUCCAACUCUGCAGGAGGCAUUCCAUGUGGACUCCACAGAUGGACAGAACGAAUGUCUGGAUGCACUCUCGGCCUUUUGUGGUAGUUACUUCUUAAAAUAUAUAUGCAGAGAAGAAUUUAAAAAGUAUCACCGGGGGCUCAUCGCUUCGGAUGUUAUAAAAGGAAUUCCCCACUAUUUCCACUUCCUGUACGAUGGUGGGCAUGAGCCGACAUCCCCCGAUUAUCAAUUCCCCUUUCAUGCCUAG